AAGCAGCAUUGGCAUUGACCAUGUCAGGAGUAUUGGGUGGGGCAACCAAAGGUCUGGCAGGCUGGGCUGUGUCUUCGAUCGGUGCUCGCUUUGCGUCACCAGUUGGCGAUAUUACUUCUCCUCCGGCUGUUAUCAGCACACCCUCAUUCUCUCCAACAACAGUUGAAAAUUCGGCAACAAGCAACCAGCUUUUCAAACCACAGCCAGCAGUAAAUUAUAAUAACAAUAGUAGCUAUGGAGUAGAAGAAGAAGAAGAGAAUGGAGGAGGCUGGGGUGAUGAUGAACCACUGGAAGAUUUACAAGACACAUGGGAGCCUUUGGAGACUGCAAAGUCAGAACCACUCUAUACAAUGUCUGUUUCUCCUAAAAAGACAAUGGGCUCAUUUGGCUCAACGUCCAUGGCCCACAAGGCAGGAACUUCGAUGCAACUUGGAGGAGCAGGAGCAGGAGUAGGUGGAUCAAAGAAGGUUGAUUAUAGUAUAGAGCCAGACACAGAUAGUUUCUUCAAGUCAGUAGCAGCAGCAGCAGCAACAACAACAACUACUACUACUACUACAGCAACAACUGUGAGAGACUCGCAGCAGGGAUCAAGUGCACAGAGUGUAGCUGACCGAAAAGCGGAAAUGGAACGAAGGAGAGAUGAGCGCAGAUUGAGAUUGGCUGAGCUUCGAGACAAGAAAAAGUCUGGCAUUGGGGCCAAAAAGAUAUAAAAUCAAUAAAACCAAUAAAACAAUAAAAAUACACAUUUAUAUGCAGACC